AUGCAUUUCAACUUUGCCUGUGCUACUGCCUGCCUCUUCGCGGUCGCUGCUUUUGCAGUCCCCGUCGAGGUUGAGAGAAAGGUCGUCGUUGUCCGCAGUGAUGCUUGCCCUGCUCCAGCUCCUCCAGCCCCAGCCCAAGCUCCACCAGCCCCUGCUCCUCCUGUGUCGAACCCUCCUCCAGUUCAGCCAAGUCCCCCAGCGCCUGCUCCUCCACAAGUGUCUAACCCUUCGGAGCAGACCAAUGUCAACAAGCAGUGCGCUGCCAACACCUCUGUCCACUGCUGCGACACUGUUGACAGCACCGACAACUCCAACAUCGUGAACCAGCUGUCUGCUGCUGGCAUUGACCACCAGGAGGCCAAGCAGAAGGGACAAGUUGGACUGACCUGCACUCCCAUCACCACUUCUCUCGUCGAUGCUCUCAACGGCAACGUCUGCCAGGGCGCUACCACCGCCUGCUGCGAGGACACCAACCAGACCGGUCUCGUCAACCUGAACUUGGGUUGCACCAUCAUCCCAGUGACUCUGUAG